CCAACAAAUCGGAUCAUUUCUCUCAUUCUCUGUGAUUAACUUUCUUUCGUUUUGUAUCCAAAAUGACAUUAAUGCUAAAAACAUUGAUGAGUUUGGCUAUGCCAGCCAUGCUCAUCAAAUUAGCCAUGGCGGCGAAUUACAUAGUUGGAGGACCAAACGGUGGGUGGGAUACAACCACCAGCCUGCAAACAUGGGCAUCAUCUCAAUCAUUUUCAGUUGGAGACAACCUAAUUUUCCAAUAUGCACCAAACCAUGAUGUGCUUGAGGUUUCCAAGGCAGACUAUGACUCCUGCCAGGCGAGUAACGCAAUUCAGUCCUACAACGGCGGCACCACAACCAUCCCGCUCUCUUCCCCAGGCACGAGAAACUUCAUCUGUGGAACAAUCGGACAUUGCAGCCAAGGAAUGAAGGUCCAGAUAGACACUCUCGCAUCAGCAGCAGCUCCGCCGGCAUCAUCUCCUUCAGCCGAGCCACCGGCUUCUUCGGUGACACCUGAUCUGGCUCCUACUCCAGGUCCAGAAAGUUCUGCUUUCUCACCAACACAAGCGCCAGAAUUCUCUGUUAUUCCUUCAACUGAAUCCACUCGAACCUCUUCGACUGGAUCUUCAACUGAACCACCAGCGUCAUCAGCUCACAGAGGCAGUACUUUUCUUGUCAGCAUCCUAAUGGGUUUGAUCAGCUUCGUGAUGAUGAUGCUUCAGGCAUAACAAUCAUCAGAUGAAUUCUUGGUGAUGAUUGCUAGCUGUUUUUAUUUUACCAGAUGCAUUUGGGAAACUAGUUCAUGACAAGUGUUCAAUAUUGAA